UUUCCUGACUUCUAAGAUCCUGGACAGGUGAUGAGAGGAGUGGGGAGAGGACUGCCCUGGAACCGUCGCCAGACAGGGUAGGCUCGGGCCUCAGUGCUCUUGGGCUGCCCGGGCUGCCGGCCCAGAGAACGUCUGUGCGCUGUUUCUAUUUGCAGCGGACCGGUGCUCCCCCCCAGCCUUCGGCAGCCUGCUCGGGAGAUUUUUCAGAUGGAAGCCUGUCCCUUCCCCGCCCUACUUUAAUAAAAGCUUGGAGGAAGGGCAGGGAAUUCCUCCCAGGCUCGAGUUACACCUCCCAACCAGUUCCCCACCUGCUCUGCCCUCCCUCCCGGCCAGGCCAGGGGAUGCUUCAGGGAGCCAAGCCCUGGCCCAGUCCUACUUUCCACAAACCAAUUCUCACAGGCAGAAACUUAUAGGGCUUCUUGCUAGUAGGGAUUGCCAGUGAUCUGGGUACUGUGUUGUGGGGAGGAGGUGUCACCUGCCACAAGGAAUUUCAAGUCAGAUUCACCCUUAAGGACUUUAUAAUACACAUAGGGAUGGCAUCCUCAUACAGGAUGAUUAGAGACCAAGCUAGAAUUUGGAGGCUGUGCACUAUGAAUGAGCAUCCUGGACGGCCAGGAGCUGAGAUGCUGAGACCAGUGGUUUCUGAGGCUUCACACUCUUUCCUUUGCUUCUGUGAGUCCAUCACUCCCACUUCCCACAGUUCCAUAUAUCCACAGCUCAGUCUCUCCAGGGAAGAGACCCCUGGUAUUACUGAAGCCACAGGCCAUGGCCUAGAACCUGUGGUGUCACUGGCUAGGAAUUCUGAUUGGCCCUACUUCUGUGAGACAACUCAAGCUGGGCCUGGGCUGUGUCUGGAAGGGACCCUAGAAGGUUUAGGAAGACUUGAAUGUAGAAGGCUAGAGAGAGAGAUGAAUGGAAUAGAGAUGAUGCUCAGGGGUAGAGCACUUGGCUGGGCCCUGUGUUUGAUUCCCAGCAACAACAAUAACAAAAUGGAUAGUCCUAGUUCCUAGAACUGGCUUUGGGGUGUAAGCUGGUAUCUAGACCCAAAGAGGCAGUGGCCUUAGCGUCCAGCAUGUCUAUUCAGACUCCUGGGCCUGGCUUACACCCUGGCCAGAGCCUCCCUACCUUGAAAAAGGGCUCUGGUUCUUGCCCCAGAAUGUCCACAGCUCCAGACCCUAGGACCAUCUCCAAGCACGGUGGCAGCUGGGCCGAAGCCAACCCCUCCCCUCCCUUUCAGCCAACCAGGAUGGAAGCCUCAAAAGUUUCCCCCAGUUGACUCAGGGAGUCUGGCCUGUGCGAGGAGCCAGCAGACACCUGCAGCCAGCCUGGGCCCACCCAGAAAGGCUGUCUUGGAGAAGCCAGCACUGCAGCUCUCCUAUCCAACUCCCUCCCUUGGACACCAGAGCCCAGCCUCCAGCCAUUGUGCACUGAAGCCCCACCUGGCUGAGGUGCUAGCUGUAGCUUUGGGCCAAGUGCACAGAGACUCCAGGCCCUUGUCAGGUCUCUAUGCUGCUCUUCGUGGCUGCAGUUACCUGCCUUUGGUUGUCGCCAGAGAAGCUCCCACCUGGAUCCACCCUCAGCCUGUCCCACCCCGCAGGCACAACUUCAGGUGACUCAGCUGCCAGAGUUCACAGAACUGGCUGCGGCUCUAUGGUUACCUGCCCCAGCCUAGCCGCCACAUGUCCACCAUGCGCUCCGCCCAGAUCCUGGCCUCCGCCCUUGCGGAGAUGCAGCGCUUCUACGGGAUCCCCGUGACGGGUGUGCUGGACGAAGAGACCAAGGCGUGGAUGAAGCGGCCCCGUUGUGGGGUGCCAGACCAGUUUGGGGUGCGAGUGAAAGCCAACCUGCGGCGGCGGAAGCGCUACGCCCUCACGGGGAGGAAAUGGAACAACCACCACCUGACCUUCAGCAUCCAGAACUACACCGAGAAGCUGGGCUGGCACCACUCGCUGGAGGCCGUGCGCAGGGCUUUCCGUGUGUGGGAGCAGGCCACACCCUUGACCUUCCAAGAGGUGCCCUAUGAGGACAUCCGGCUGCGGCGGCAGAAGGAAGCCGACAUCAUGGUACUCUUUGCCUCUGGCUUCCACGGUGACAGCUCGCCAUUUGAUGGCAUGGGCGGCUUUCUGGCCCACGCCUAUUUCCCUGGCCCUGGCCUGGGUGGGGACACCCAUUUCGACGCAGAUGAGCCCUGGACCUUCUCCAGCACUGACCUGCAUGGGAACAACCUCUUCCUGGUGGCCGUGCAUGAGCUGGGCCACGCGCUGGGCCUGGAGCACUCAAGUAACCCCAAUGCCAUCAUGGCCCCCUUCUACCAGUGGAUGGACACAGACCACUUCCAGCUGCCCGAGGAUGACCUCCGGGGCAUCCAGCAGCUCUACGGCACCCCAGAUGGCCAGCCACAGCCCACCCGGCUUCUCCCUACCGUGACACCCCGGCGACCAGACCACCGACCUCCUCGGCCCCCCCAGCCACCUCCCCCAGGCGGGAAGCCAGAGAGGCCCCCAAAGCCAGGCCCCCCUUCCCAGCCCCGAGCCACAGAGCGGCCUGACCAGUACGGCCCCAACAUCUGCGACGGGGACUUUGACACAGUGGCCAUGCUUCGUGGGGAGAUGUUCGUGUUCAAGGGCCGCUGGUUCUGGCGAGUCCGGCACAACCGUGUCCUGGACAACUACCCCAUGCCCAUUGGCCACUUCUGGCGUGGUCUGCCCAGCGACAUCAGUGCUGCCUACGAGCGCCAGGAUGGCCGUUUUGUCUUUUUCAAAGGUGACCGCUACUGGCUCUUCCGAGAGGCGAACCUAGAGCCUGGCUACCCACAGCCGCUGACCAGCUAUGGCCUGGGCAUCCCCUAUGACCGCAUCGACACGGCCAUCUGGUGGGAGCCCACGGGCCACACCUUCUUCUUCCAAGAGGACAGGUACUGGCGCUUCAACGAGGAGACUCAGCACGGAGACCCCGGCUACCCCAAGCCCAUCAGCGUCUGGCAGGGGAUCCCCGCUUCCCCCAAAGGGGCCUUCCUGAGCAACGAUGCAGCCUACACCUACUUCUACAAGGGCACCAAGUACUGGAAGUUCGACAACGAGCGCCUGCGGAUGGAGCCCGGCUACCCCAAGUCCAUCCUGAGGGACUUCAUGGGCUGCCAGGAGCAGGUGGAGCCCGGACCGCGCUGGCCUGAUGUGGCCCGUCCACCCUUCAACCCUGACGGGGGUGCGGAGCCCGGGGUGGACGGGGACAGUGCAGAGGGUGACGCGGGGGAUGGGGCGGGGACAGAUAAGGACGAGGACGGGGGCAGCCGCGUGGUGGUGCAGAUGGAGGAGGUGGCCCGGACGGUGAACGUGGUCAUGGUGCUGGUGCCGCUGCUGCUGCUGCUCUGCGUCCUGGGCCUGGCCUACGCCCUGGUGCAGAUGCAGCGCAAGGGUGCGCCCCGCGUGCUGCUCUACUGCAAGCGCUCCCUGCAGGAGUGGGUGUGACCGCCCUCCCCGCCCGGUGCUGGGGGGCCGGGUGGCACUGUGGUUCCCAGGCGGCUCCCUGGGGCACCCCAGCAAGCAACAACCGUGGGGUCCCUCCAUCUGCACACCUGUCCUGUCUGUCCUUUAUUUAUGCCUAGGGAUAUUUUUUUUAAUUGGCACCUUAACUGAGCAUUCGUUUUCUUUCCUGACCAGAGCAGAGGGCUUAGAAUUUUCUCAAUGUUCUUCUGCGCCAGUCAGGGAAGCCAGCCCUCAUCCAUCUGUGGCUUGGCCACAGUCAGAGGAGCAAGGGACAGAGACCCACCUCUGGGAGGUGGCGUAAGGGUGGUGGAACUUGUCCCAACCCUGGCCGUACCCAGGCGCCCUGUUUGUCUUGAAGGGACCUAGCUGGGUCCCCACCUUCCUGAGUCUCUCUGCCUGAGGAUGAGCUUUUCACCCUGGGGCAGCCCCCAGCCAGGAGCGGUCCACUGGCCUCUGAGUCACAUCUCGCCUCCUCCCCAGCCCCCACACAGACAGCCCCGGCAGCCUGCUCCCCAUCCCCUGGUCAGCUGGCAGCUCCCACAUCCCCUCGGGCCGCACCUCCUUCCCUCUUGGGAAGGGGCCCUGGGCCUGCCUCACCAAGGACCAAAGGGAGUCUGCCAAGGGCCUCCCCCAGCGCCACCACUGACCUUGCCCCAGCCUGGACGUCCAUCUCUCAGCUGUGACCCAUCUGCUCCCUCCCUGGGCCCCCCGACCUUCUCCCUCUCACACCACAUCCUCAGGGGCCUGCGCCAGUUUCAGGCUUCUGCUGCCAGUGUCCCCAACCCUGGCAGUGAGAGGGGAUUGGCCAGUGCCUAGGCUGGGACAGUGAGCACCAGACAGGUGCCCGCAGUAGUGGGGUGCCCGCAGUGCUACAAGUCAGGCUUCGGGGUUCCCUUGACUCCAGCUCCCUCUCCCCAGGGGACACAGGCCAGCAGCUUAUCCCCCACGAGAGCCCCCGGUGGCCCGGCAGUUCUCCUGGGCUCGGCCUGGGGGUGGACGGGUGUUCCUCUACUCUUUUCCUUCCCAAAGUCAGCAGGAGGCUGAAGCUGCUGUGGGAAAUGGUACUGUACAGCCGGCUCCGUCCCCUCUGCUCCCCCCAAGACCUGAGCCAGUGGGCUGUGCCCCCCAGGAUCCCUGAGGGCACUGGGGGCAGGGAGGGGGCGUUCUGCCAGCCUCUCUUGACCUGGUGCUGAGUGCGAGUCCAAGAGCUGCCCCCAGUCCUGAUGACCUCUGCAGAACCCGAGAGCCAGCGAGGGGUGGGCGUGGAGGGCUGGGUGUCCACCCCCUCUGUAUAUUUCUGCAAAUAAUCUGCACUGAUUAAAUACACAGCCGGCGAGUGUG